AUGGCUAACACAAAUUGGUACCACAAUUAUAUAAACUUGACUCUUAGAAUUUUAGCUCUUGGCAUUUCUGAUCAUGCUUUGCUUUACCUUGAGAAUCAGGAUAAUCAGUGUAGGAAAACAUACCAAUUCAAAUUCCUUAAUAAUGUUGUGAAUAUGGAUGGGUUUCAGGAAGAGAUUUCUAACAAUUGGCAUGCUCCUAUAAGGGGUAACCCUGUGUAUGUGAUGUGGAGGAAGCUUAUUAGAGUUCAAAGUGUUGUAAAUAAGCUUAGUAAGCCUCUGAUGGAUGUUUCUCAUUAUCUUAAGCAGGCCAGGAUGAAUCUGCUGGAAGUCCAAAACAAGCUUAAGGAUGACUUGGAUAAUACUGAGCUAAUUAAGUUGGUUAAGGAGAGAACUGAAAAGGUUUUCAAGUGGAGUGAGAUAGAGGAACAAGUUAUUAGACAAAGGUCCAAGAUUAAUUGGCUGAAGUUGGGUGAUGGUAAUAACAGGUAUUUUCAUGCUCAACUAAAAGUUAGACAAAACCAAAGUGGCAUGUUCUCCAUUUAUCAGGAUGAUGGUACAAUUCUUGACAGGCCUGAGGAUAUUGAGAAUGAGGUGCUUAGAUUCUAUGGCAAUCUAAUAGGAAGUGUUAACAGCAAGCUUGAGGGAAUUGAUCUAGUGGCCAUGAGAGAUGGUCCUUAA